UUACGGCAGUGACGCAGGAGCGCGCGGCGGGUGUCGGGUGACCUUCAGAGGCGGUGGCUGGCGGUCGGCGCGAGGCCGUGUUCUCUCUUCUCCUCAGCUCAGCAAACCUCCCCCGCCGCGAUGCCGAGGGGCGGACGGAGCCGCACGUCCCGCGUGGCGCCCCCCGCCAGUCGGGCACCGCAAAUGAGAGCUGCAUCACCAGCGCCUGCUGCUCGGGCGCCUGUCCCAGCAGCGGCCCCAGCUUCUGCUGUGGCUGCUCCUGCACCAAAGCAGCCUGGUCUGAUGGCACAGAUGGCUACAACUGCUGCUGGAGUUGCUGUAGGCUCUGCUGUCGGCCAUACCAUAGGUCAUGCGCUUACAGGAGGGUUUGGUGGAGGAAGCAGCUCAGAAGCUGCGAGGCCUGAUAUUACUUAUCAGGAGCCCCAGGCAGCUCAGCCUGCCUACCAGCAGCAGCAGUCGCAGUUUGCUCCUUGCCAGUAUGAAAUGAAACAAUUCCUGGAGUGUGCACAGAACCAGACUGACCUCAAGCUGUGCGAGGGCUUCAGUGAAGUGCUGAAGCAGUGCAGGUUUGCUAAUGGUUUAGCCUAAGCCUUUGGAACAAGGUUGCUGAAGACCAUCUUACAAGAACUGACCUAUGAAUGAAAAAAAAAGCUUCAUUAAUAAAGUCUAAAGCUGUCUGAUAUCUUGUUAGUUCACAUAUCCGCACUAUUGUCCUCCUUGUGGCACAAUUCCUGCCAUAGCCACUACAGAUGUGAUACAACUUACAGCAGCAAAUUAAUUUAGCACAAGAUGGAAGAAUGAACAAUAAAGCAGAAUGAGCUGAUUUGGGUUAACUGAUUUGCUGAUUGUUGUGUUGAAUGUAAGUGAUGUGGUGUAUAAAUAAACUUCUCUCUCUGAAGUACCUUG